UUGUGGGUACAUUGGUGAUUGGAUGUUACUAGGAGAUAUGUAGAGGAUAUUUGUCAGAAUUUCAGAUCAUCUUUCAUCUUCAGUUCUGUUCUUAGUUCUUCACUAAGAAUAAAAGUAUAUUUGAUUCUGCAUAAACUAAUGGGAAGAAGGAAUUUUCUGUAAUCUUCAGGGCAAUCGUUAAAAAGGUUUUUGAAUUUUGCACCAAAUAGUGAGCUUGAGCCGCAGUUUGAUAGUACGGAAUGCAAGAAAUCCAUUCAAUCGGAGCGAGGCUGUACGGUAGCGGCGGAGACAGGCGGCUACGCCCUCACAACCACCAGAACCACCAGGCACUCAAGUGUCCUCGCUGCGACUCAUUCAAUACCAAAUUCUGUUACUACAACAACUACAAUCUCUCUCAGCCUCGCCACUUCUGCAAGAGCUGCCGACGCUACUGGACCAAAGGCGGCGUCCUCCGUAACGUGCCGGUUGGCGGUGGCUGUCGCAAGACCAAACGUAACUCCAAGCCUAAAACCUCUUCAGACUCCUCUGCACAACAAACACAAACACAAACACAAAUUCAAGCACCAGCAUCAGAACAAGAGCGCGUUAAAAGCAAUUCUCAUAACUCCAGUAGCGAAAGCUCCAGCCUUACUGUGACGACGAAUAACACAAAUGUUGAAGCGGUGUCCGUACAUUCUUCCAGUUCAGCGUCGAACGUCUUGAGUAUGAAUAAUGAUAAUAAUAACAACAACGGCGGUGGUUUAGACGGUGCAACGACGACGGCUACUUUGCUGGAACAAGGUACGGAUUGCGGUGGGAUAUUUUCAGAGAUUGGGAGCUUAACGAGCCUGAUAACGUCAUCGAGCGAAACGCUGUCGUUUGGGUUCAGCAACUUAAUGAAUUCUCAACAAGGUUUAGAGAGUCAUCAUCAUCAGUGGCAGCAGCAACAGGAACAUCAGCCGAAGAUGGUGAGCGGUCAAGAUCAUCAGACUGGGUUCCUCGAUCAGACGGUGCAGGUUGAGUUAUCAGCACUGCAUGAUAAAUUGGGGAACGGGGGAUUUGGAUCGUUGGAUUGGCAGGGAAGUGGUGAUCUAAGCUUGUUAGAUCUUCCUAACGCCGUUGAUCAUGCACCUUACUGGACUCAAGGCACUCCCCAGUGGACUGAUUAUCUCCCGUAAAUUUCUCACCAUUUUAACUUAAAAAAAACUUUUUUAAUUAGAAAAACUCUCAUAAAUAUCAAACAAAUUAAAUUAGAGAGUUCUGAAAAUUGGAAAUUAUGUAAAUUUUCUGUUCUGGUUGAUUUUCUGUUAGUUUUUUUUUCUAAUUUUUUUUUUUGGGUUUUUUCUUCUAAUGUAUCUGGAAUUAAAUUAAUCAGUAAGAAAAUAUAGAGCGAUUAUAGUGUUUUGAUUUA